CCCCGGAGGCGAGGCAGCGGAAAGUCCGGCGCGGGGGCCGGUCCGGCGGAGAGCGAGGAAGCCAUAGCGGCGGAGCGGAGGCGCGGGCGAAGAAGCGGGCGGGGAUGCUGCCUCGGCUUCUUCCGCGCCCUGGGCCGGGCUGGCCGGCGGCGGCGGCGGCGGCGAGGGGCGCGGGCGGGGCCGGGGCGCCUGGGGGUCUCUGAGGCCGAGCGUGCGCCAUGAGCCUGGCCCUGGCGUGCCUGCUGUGCCUCCUCUGCCGGCCCGGCCUGGGCCUGGGCUCCCUGGAGCAGCCGGAGCGGCCGGGCGAGUCCCGCUGCCAGCCCAUCGCCAUCCCCAUGUGCCAGGACAUCGGCUACAACGUGACGCGCAUGCCCAACCUGAUGGGCCACGAGGACCAGCGCGAGGCGGCCAUCCAGCUGCACGAGUUUGCCCCGCUGGUGGAGUACGGCUGCCACGGGCACCUGCGCUUCUUCCUCUGCUCGCUCUACGCGCCCAUGUGCACCGAGCAGGUCUCUGCGCCCAUCCCGGCCUGCCGGGUGAUGUGCGAGCAGGCCCGGCUCAAGUGCUCGCCCGUGAUGGAGCAGUUCACCUUCCGCUGGCCCGACUCGCUCGACUGCAGCCGCCUGCCCAGCAAGAACGACCCCAACUUCCUCUGCAUGGAGGCGCCCAGCAACGGCUCCGAGGAGCCCCCCAAACCGGGCCCGCUGCCCCCCCUCUUCCGCCCGCACCGCCCCCACGAGCACGAGCCGCCACCGCCCAAGGGAGUUCCUUCGUGCGGGAACCCGGGCAAGUUCCGCCGCGUGGAGAAGAGCGCCUCGUGCGCCCCGCUCUGCAGCCCCGGCGUGGACGUCUACUGGAGCCGGCAGGACAAGCGCUUUGCCGCCGUCUGGAUCGGCGUCUGGUCGGUGCUGUGCUUCUUCUCCAGCGCCUUCACCGUCCUCACCUUCCUGGUGGACCCGCAGCGCUUCAAGUACCCCGAGCGGCCCAUCAUCUUCCUCUCCAUGUGCUACUGCGUCUACUCGCUGGGCUACCUCAUCCGCCUCUUCUCCGGCACCGAGAGCGUGGCCUGCGACCGGGACAGCGGACAGCUCUACGUCAUCCAGGAAGGCUUGGAGAGCACCGGCUGCACCCUGGUCUUCCUGGUGCUCUACUACUUCGGCAUGGCCAGCUCCUUGUGGUGGGUGAUUCUGACCUUGACGUGGUUCCUCGCCGCCGGCAAGAAGUGGGGCCACGAAGCCAUCGAAGCCAACAGCAGCUACUUCCACUUGGCGGCCUGGGCCGUCCCGGCGGUGAAAACCAUUGUCAUUUUGGUCAUGCGCCGAGUGGCCGGGGACGAGCUCACCGGCGUCUGCUACGUGGGCAGCAUGGACGUGGACGCCUUGACCGGCUUCGUCUUGGUCCCCUUGGCUUGCUACCUCGUCAUCGGCACCUCCUUCAUCCUCUCCGGCUUUGUGGCGCUCUUCCACAUCCGGCGGGUGAUGAAGACCGGCGGGGAGAACACCGCCAAGUUGGAGAAACUCAUGGUCCGGAUCGGCGUCUUCUCCGUCUUGUACACCGUCCCGGCCACGUGCGUGAUCGCCUGUUACUUUUACGAGCGGCUCAAUAUGGAUUACUGGAAAGUCUUGGCCAUGCAGCAGAAGUGCAAAGUCAACGGGAACCAGACCAAACACUUGGACUGCACCAUGAGCAAGUCCAUCCCGGCCGUGGAGAUCUUCAUGGCCAAGGUCUUCAUGCUCUUGGUGGUGGGGAUUACGAGCGGGAUGUGGAUCUGGACCUCCAAGACCCUCCAGUCCUGGCAAAAUGUUUGCAGCCAGAGACUGAAGAAGCGGACGCGGAGGAAACCGGCCAGCGUGAUUGCCAGCAGCGGACUCUACCAAAAAACCCAGCACCCGCCCAAAGGCCACCACACAAAGUACGAGUCGGCUUUGCAACCCCCGACCUGCGUGUGAACAACUCGGCAUCUUUGUUUUUUUAGAGCUACAAGUGUCUUGUCGCUUUAAAAACUUGUGUAAGGAGACUCCACAAGUGCUCAAAAUUGCACUCAGACUAAAGAAAAGCAUGACAGUUCACAAAAGUGUGUGUGUGUUUUUAUAAUAUUCUUUUAUCAGAUAGACAAAAGAGCAAAUCUAGGAGGGGAAGGAAUUAUUAUUAUUUUUGUCAGGAGCGACUUGAACAACUGAGAGAAUCGGCCGUCUGCAAGGACGUUGCCCAGGGUGUUUGAUGUUUUACCAUCCUGUGGGAGGCUUCUCUCAUGUCCCCACAUGAGGAGCUAGAGCUGACAGAUGGGAGCUCAUCCCGCUUCCCAGAUUCAAACCUGCCGACACAAGGGUUUAACUCCUCGCACCACCGGGGGCUGAUCUGUUAGAAUUCAGAGUUUGGAGAGAAAACAAGAACAUACUUUGGUAAAAGGUUUAAACUUUAGUGCAUGGAAUACUCACACUACUCUCUCCACCCUUCAUCCAGCUUUGCCUAUUAACACUAUGUAACAAAAUUUGAAAAAAAAAUCUGUUCCUGGUUUGAAAGUGUCAUUUCCUGUUUCACUGUGCGGUACUUAUUUUGAAAGUCAUUGUUUUAAUUCAGAAACUUCAUUUUUGUGGCUGCCACAAACCAUGUCGAAUUGGUGGAGUCUCAUUGGAAAAACCAUAGCAAAAUGUGCUACAGUAGGAUGCCCCUCCCACAAAAACAAAGUUUUGGCAGUUUGGGUUGCCAUUGUGUUUUAGUGGGUUGCUGUGAGUUUUCCAGGCUGCCUGGCCAUGUUCCAGAAGCAUUCUCUCCUGCCGUUUUGCCCACAUCUUUGGCAGGCAUCCUCAGAGGUUGUGAGAUGUAUAGGAAACUAGGCAAGUGGGGUUUAUAUAUCUGGAAUAAUGUCCAGGGUGGGAGAAAGAAAGAACUCUUGUCUGUUGGAGACAAGUAUAAAUAUUACAAUUGAUCACCUUGAUUAGCAUUGAAUAGCCUUGCAGCUUCAAAGCUUGGCUGCUUCCUGCCUAAGAGAAUCCUUUGUUGGGCAGUAUUAACUGGCCCUGAUUGUUUCUUGCCAGGAAUUCCCCUGUUUGUGAGUGUUGAUCUUUAUUGACUGUCCAGAUUUUAGAGUUUUUUUAAUACUGGCAGCCAGAUUUUGUUCAUUUUCAUGGUUUCUUCCUUUCUGUUGAAAUUGUCCACGUGCUUGUGGCUUUCAGUGGCUUCUCUGUGUAGUCGGACAUGGUGGUUGUGAGAGUGGGCCAGACAGGAAACAAUCAGGGCCUGCUAACACCUCCCAACAAAGCAUUCCCCCAGGCAGGAAACAGCCAGACCUUGAAGCUGCGAGGCUAUUUAUUGCUAAUCAAAGCUGGCCAGUUGCAACAUUCCCACUUGCCUCAAACAGACAAGAGUUCUUUCUUUCUCCCACCCUGGACAUCAUUCCACAGGUGUAUGUAUAUAUAUAAACCCCACUUGCCAAGUUUCCAACAGUCCUCACAACCUCUGAGGAUGCCUGCCAUAGAUGUGGGUGAAACGUCAGGAGAGAAUGCUUCUGGGACAUGGCCGUACAACCCAGUGAUUCUGGCCAUGAAAGACUUUGACAACAUUUUGACAGUUUAAUAAACUUUUCCCAUGUUUUUAUGAUCAAACCAAUGAGGAAAUGACAUUGAUAUCCCAGGAACAAAGAUCCGUGUGACGUGGUGUCUUUUGUUUUCUCUCCCACCCCAAUCCUCCUGAGUGAAGAGCAGCGUGUAAUUAUUUGUAUAAAUAUUAAAAUCUGGUUUGCCUUUAGAUUUCUAACCCGAGUUGAGAUAGAAUUUAUAGUGGUGAGUUUUUUAAACAAAUAUAGAAUUAAUUGUGUCCUUUUAGGAAACCAGCCCUUUGAGAGAACCUCGAGUUCAGUUAGUGCAAACUUUGAAAACAAGUUCUGUUCUAACUUAAAUAUUAUUUUCUUUACCAAACGCUUUUCAUUGUGCCUAGUAUCUCUGAAAAUAGGUUCAAUCCAAAAGGCUCAGCCUCAAACUCCACUGCGAGAUACCAAGUUGGGGUGCGAAAGAAAUCAUGUGCAAUAUAAUAUGCCCCCCUACACACAGAAACCAUCCUCGCAAGGACAUAAAACUAGAAAAAAAAGUAUUUUGCUAUACAUAAAGGCAACAAAGGGGAUCACUUAACAAAAGAACUAAGGGGUCUAGUCCCUGGAAACCCUUUAGUGUUACAUUUGGUGGCUUUUUAAUGGAAAUCAGACAAGUUUGGACUGAUUUGUCGGAGAAGAAAAGGGGGAAGGGGAUUAGCCUGAAAAGGAUCCAAAGAGGCUUAUUGACUCUUUCCAUUGUUAAACAAAUUCCGGGCCUGAAUAGAUCAAGAAGCGCUCAAGUUUUAUUUUUUAUUUUCCGAGAAGAGAAAACUCUGAACCUAGAAGGUGCAAAGGGACGAGACACAUGUUUGCGUGAGAGAGAAUGUACGUGCGCGUGCGUGUGGAAAUGAUAUAUAUAUUUGUAAGAUACUCUUAUUUUUCAUGUCCUGCUAUUUUAUGAAAUAAUAAUAAUGAUGAUUAAUAAAAUCGCCUUUAGUUUGAUAAUG